AUGGACCAACAACAACCACCACCACCACAAACUCCUACACCUCCCACCACCACCGCUGAACCACCCUUACAACCACCACCGCCACAACAACAAGAAUCACCAUCACCGUUACCCUCCACCACCUCAACUCCUCCAACCCCUACAUCAAACCCUAACCCUAACUCUAAUCAGCCCCAACCCCCAAAACCCACACUCACACCACAACCCAGACCGACCUCAUUUUCCAGACCCUGGCAGCAGCAACAACAACAACAGCCCUCACAUUUUUCUCACUUCUCUUCCCUUCCUUCUUCCCCUUCUUCUUCUCCGUCUUCCUCUGCUUCCGCGCCGCAGAGGGGUGGCAUUGCCCUUGGCGUUCCGGCGCCCCGCCCUGCGGCGUCUUCUUCGCAACCCACANAAUAUGAAUAUGAAUACGGUAUUUACAUAUGCUAUGUUCUUGCUAAAUUAAAGAUUGAUUUUGCUUCACAAUAG